AUGAGCUCAGCCGUUGACGAGGAAGUCAAUCCCUAUGAGCUCCUCGAUGUCAAGACAGAGGCUACAGAGCAGGAGAUACGGACGGCGUACAGGCAGCGUUCGCUGAAAGUCCAUCCAGAUAGGAAUCCAAACAACCCUGAUGCCGCUCGGAAGUUCCAUGAACUAAAUCAGGCUUACGAGCUUCUGCUCGAUCCCCUACGGCGCUUAGCCCUCGAUGCAAAAUUACGCGUCAAACUCGCUCGUAAGGAACGUUUCAAGGCAUAUGACAACAAGCGGAAGAAUUUGGUUGAAGAGCUUGAAGAGAGAGAGCGUGCUUUCAAGAAGUCGCGUAUGGACAAGCAGAAGGAGGAGGUGGAGACAUGGCACGAAACAGAGAGGAUCAAGGAGGAAGGCAAGCGCCUUCGAGAACAGAAAGAGCAGGAGUUGCGAAAUAGAAUGCAACCUCCGAGUUUCAACGAGUCCGUGAAAUCGGAUGAUGAGGAGGAAGCGCCACCUGCUAUGGACUCUCUGGAUACCACAAUCCGACUCAAAUACCCCCUCAAGACGCAUCCUACUCUCACCACCCCAUCAGCCAUCGCUACCUUACUCUCCCGCUUCGGCGCGACUGACGAAACCUCCAUUGUCCUGUCUCUCAAAAGCAAGGUGCCCGAGAAACCACCAAAGUUCGGCACCGCCCUCGUGCCGUUCAAACAGAUUGGCGAUGCAUUCGCGGCGGUUUGCGCGAGUGGGCGGAAGGAGAUGGGCAUGGAUGGCGUCAAGAUCACCUGGGUAAACGACAAGGAGCCCGAAAUCCUCGGAUGGCUGCGCAGGACGGGAAAACUGGGCAGCGGUGUCGGCGCGUCGGGAGGCGCGAGUCAAGGGUCAUCCACUACCAACACCCCGCCCUCGAACGUGGCAACGCCAGACAGGGAUAAUGGCGUCAAGGCGGGCUUACCUCAGCAUCAGACGCAUCAUGCUAGUGCAUCGCCAUUCUCAUCUUUCCCUUCUUCGUUUCCCGAAACUUUCCCUUCGCCAGAACUUAAGCCUGUCUCUGCCGCUCCUGGUAUUGAUUACGAGUCUCUAACUCUAAUGCGUAUGAGACAAGCAGAGCGGGAAAGACUGGAACGCGAGAUCCUGGAACAAGAGGCUAACGAAUAA